AUGGCGUCGGAAAAGAGGUAUCAUAGUAAACAGUUUAGCCAUCACGAAACAGGGGUACUGAAAGAGAUGAUGGAAAUCAAGUAUGGCGGAACGGGUCAGCUUGGUCAAGUCUGGGGUGGACCAGCACUGCCAGAAAUUUCACAGACGAAACAGGCUAUAGUCAACUUUUUGAAGGAGAGUGCGUCAUUCAGUGGGCAUCCCUGGUGCCAAUAUAAGCGAAACCGUUUAUACAAAUUCAGUGAAUGCAGAUUCAGUGAAAAUGAACACAAUUUCAAGAAUAUUGAUUUUACAUUCGAGGUAUUUUUAGUACGAACACUUAUUUCGAGUACAGAGGAGUACGAACAUUUUGCUCAAAAGAAAUGCACACAGACAGAAAGCAACCAAAUUAAUUGUGAGGACGUUGGUGAAGAGGCAAAAGAAAUAGAAAGUGAAUGGCCGGUCGGUAAAUAUGCAAUACCGAUGUCACGUUACGGCUGUCCGGAAUCAUACGUACAAGGAUGGCGUGAAGGUCAUCUGUCAGUAAGAUGGCGCAACCCGCACAAAGUUUAUGUAGACAGCAGAGAUUUCUUUGGUUUUUAUGAUAUAACAGAUAAUCACGAUGAAGGUUUAUGUACAGCUAUAGCAAACACUUGGGUCGUAGAAGAGACUGUCUAUAUCGGGCAAGACUUGAAUGGAACACGUACAUGGACACCAGCAAACAUGACGAGGUUUCAGACAUGGUGUUUUUAUGAAGCAAUCAAAUAUUCUGACUUAAAAGAAGCGUCUGAAGAGGAGCCGAUCAACGAAAUAAAUUGUAGAAUUGGUAGUGAUAAAUGGACAUUACUAUAUUCGGGUGGUUUAUCAUGCCUUUACUUUGGGUUCAGUGACACUUGGAACAAAACGUUUGAAUUCCUGUUUUUAAGGGACACAGAAGGACGUUUUAUAUCGUUGUUUGUUUCAUUAUGGUCGACUAGAAUACUUGAAGAUGUGUCUUACAUUGAGGUGUUCACAAAACAUGUACAAUAUGACUCAAGUGGUAGUUGCAACAUUGAUCUUGGAAUGGCUGGUCGAGAAAUUACAGAUGGAUCAAUUUCGGCCUCAUCGGAAGUCGGCGGAUAUCUACAAAGGCAUGUAAGGCCUUACAGUCCGGGCUGGUGUGCUGCCGACAAUGACAUGGAGCCAUAUAUACAGGUCGACUUACAUACAGCGACAGUAGUAGAAGGAAUAACGAUAUACAAUUGGAAAGAUAAAAUGCUAGGUCCUGAUGACGUGCUCGAAAUGUUAUUUGGAGCGUAUGCUUUCAAAAUAUCUUUUAAAAUCAGAAAUCAGACAGGUUUAUCUGAGGAGAGCGAAAUUUUCUACGUAGACACUUCAAAAUCAAUUACAGUUCCACAAACAUUUUGGUUCACAAAGAAAAUGAAAACAGACUCUUUAACAGUAUCUAUAUUGCAGCCUCUUACUGAGGGUUUGAAGUGCUUACGCUUCGAAUUACUUGGGUGUAAAAUAACUGAUGGAUACAAGAUAGUCAACAGAAUGACAAAUUUUAAGCGAAGCGAUGAUGAAGUGGUAUCGUUUGUCAAUGAAAUAUUCGAAGACUUUAUGCCAAUGUCAAGUCUUGGAUAUCCUGAGCGACAUGGAGGCCAAAUAUAUAUGUGGAUCAUCUCUUUGCCUAAACAUCGUUACAUUAAACUUCGAUUUAAAGACAUAAAGCUUGGUUAUUAUCGGGAUGAGCCUUCUUAUAACUGUAAUGACACAAUUACAAUAUCACCUGAUUUAUAUGGUAUUGGUAAAGGCAGAGUGAUAGACUACACCUUUGUUCUACGACAGUACUAUACUUUGUCAGUAGAAACACGUGUAUCCCGCCUCGUCAUGAUUUAUAGCACCUGCGCACUUAAAUCUUCCAUAUAUCUUCCAUCUGAAACAGCGGGCUUUUCAGCAACACUAAAAUCUGAACAUGUUCCUGCGUGCUUCUCUCUGCAAGAAACUAUUCCAUGGCAUUUAGGAUUAAAGGAGACCUGCAAUCAGCAAGCAAUGAUACUCACUUCAAUGUCCUAUUUGGGAUUCCAGUUUAGUGAAACAUCUGAGGAAUGGACAAUUCACGUACCAUUACACCAAAUUCAUCUUGAGAUAUUUCAGUUCAGCAUUAUCUGUCCACGUGACGGCCCGCAUUCUCUAUUUAAAAUCAUCGAUGUGGACAAAGAGAAUACAUAUUGCAACUUUGAUAGACCUCCUAAUCUGAUAAAUUCUUCCUAUGAUAGACUUGUCAUCAGCUUUUACAAGGCCACAAUUCCGACAUAUAUUCAACCGGGUCACACGGAAGGAUUUAGAAUGCUGUAUACGUCAAGCAUGAAUAAAAUGGAGAAUUUGAGAAAGGAGCACGCACUGUUUUCUGAAGUUAAAAAUGUUGCGUUGGGGAAACCUGCAAUCAAGUCGAGUAUGGACUUAGAUUUUCGUCCCUGGACUGACACCCGAGCUGCUAAAGCAACAGACGGAAUUGUUCAUCAAGAAUUAAGAGGUGGUUCUUGUUUUUUGACAUCUUAUGAAUAUGAACCAUGGUGGAUGGUAGACUUACAAGGUGUAUUCAAAUUAGAAUACAUUGUUCUGUACAAGAGAAUGGAUUGUUGUGAAACAGUAGAUACCAUGAACAUUCCCGAUUAUGGAGAAGACAAAGAAACUACGAACGUACAAGUAUCAACUGGAUUAAGUAUCAAGAAAUUGCACAGUUCAGGCUACAUUUGCGUACUUUCACCAGUUGAAACCAUAGAUCAGUCCAGCAUUGUAGCACGAUAUGUAAGACUUACUGUGUUGCACAUAUGGAAUAGAUUAAGUCUGUGCGAAGUACAAGUAUAUGGAAAGUUAGUGUCCAACGUUGCUGCUAAUAAGCCGACGUAUUCUUCCUCUGAACUUUAUUUUUACUCUGAGACAUAUGACAAUUCACGCGCAGUAGGAGGGCUAUAUAGACGUGAAUGUUUUGUUUCAAAACGGGAAUUUCAGCCUUGGUGGAUGGUGGAUCUGCAGGGAGUGUUCAUUCUUGAACAAGCGGUUAUACAUCCUGCUGAAGAAACAUCUUAUGGAGACCCUGGCGCAUGGCAAGCACAUGGUGAAGGAGCGUCGAGCAGAACGGACGACAUCAUCAAAUAUUACAAGUAUCUACAUAAUUUGGAAAUUUCAUCAGGAAUGACAUUAUGCGACAUGGAAGCACGAGAUUUUGAGUGUCUGCGGCAGUUCGAGGUAGCAAAGCCAAUCUUUGUACCGUUACUUGGUAUAACUGCAAGAUUUAUUAAAAUACAGAUAGUUGGCAGGAUAGACGAGUUAAAACUAUGCGAAAUUGAAAUUUAUGGACAAGAAGUUGGAGAUGAACCAAACAGCAGCGACAGUGAGUGCAGCAGGAACAAUCAGUCAGUUGCAAUUAUAGGAGAUAUAUGUAAGGUAGAAUUUGUUUUUAACAUAAAGUUAGGUAAAUGUGCAUUAGAAUCAUCAACUCUUGACACAGAGGAAAAAUACUCAUUAAAACAGUUUGCCUUUUCGUUAUCAGUGUUGACGGCGGCUUUAGUUCCUGGUCAGACUGGAGUUCAUGCUCAAGCAAAUGUGGAAAUGGGAUCAGGUCAAGAACACGCACGUGUAGUAAUCCUGCAAAACACAAUGGAGGAAGAGAUUGUUUUGGGGAAAAGAAAGAACAUUUUCCCGUCAAUGACUGUGUGGAACUAUGCCAGAUAUGGUUGUUGGAGAAAACAAAUGCAACUUGUGUCAAUAUUUUCAAUCGAGGAAUUACGUUUUAUCAAAACUUUAUUACGGGAGAGAAGAGAUUUAGACCGUGGUAUAACAUAUGACCUAUUCAACGCUAGUUUCUACGCUUAUAUAGGAUUACGAUUUGUAAAUUCGGAUAUAGAACAUAUCCCGGUGUGGGAAAACCAGGUUCUUGCACAUUUUCAAGCAUGGAGAAAUGGAGAGCCUUCUAUUAGAGCAUGUACUCGCAUGAAUUUCCGAAGUUUCAGUGAUGAUAAUACAUGGGAGUCAAUAGACUGUGACGUUGUUUUAGCAGACUAUUCCAUAUGUGAAUACCAACUGAAUUCGCCAAAUCAUGAUAUGUGUCAGUCACAUGAAGCAUUUCACUGUGACAUUCUAAGAUGCAUUCCGAAACGACUGAAAUGUGAUAACUAUAUGGAUUGCAAAGAUGGGUCUGAUGAAGACUUUUGUGGCAAUGAAGAAUAUAACUCCUGCAAAGAAUGGUGGAACGCGGGAUACAGACAAAAUGGAAAAUAUUUAAUUGUUACCGAUUACUUAUCACAUAUUAAGGGUGAACUUCCUUGUGCUGAGAAUGGGCAGACUUUUCCAGUUACACAGAAAUGUAUAUAUGACGUUGACGAUGCAGGAUUUCCACUAGGAUGUCGAGAUGGAAGUCAUUUGACUAAUUGUGAAAACUUUAGCUGUCCAAAUGACACUGUAAAAUGCCCAGGUAGUUUCUGUUUACCGGUGCGGUUUGUAUGUGAUGGUGAUAUAAACUGUGAAAGAGGACAGGAUGAAGAAAACUGCGGUUGUGAGUCGUCACAGAGUGAGAUACUUAUUCUUUAUGAAAAAAGAACGAUAGAGGAGUUAUUGAUUCGUUCGUUUUCAAGACAGUUUUAUACACCGACUAAUAUAGUCCGUAUACUAAGUUUUGAAGCAUCAAAACCAUUGAAAUCAUUCGAUAUAGAUGGUACACAGGUAAUAGUUACAGACAGACAGGUUGAUCAAAGAGGUUAUACAACAAGGUUACCAGAAUGUAGUUACAAGGUGAUGUCUAAGGAUUUUCUCAAGUCCGUGAAAUUCACAAAGAAUGGAACAAAAGGAAUUAUCUACAUUCAAAACAGUCAAACCUCGAAAGAAGUCGCUGAUGAUAUGUUUACAAAUCUACAUUACCUUACCGGAGAAUAUAAGCUAUAUCGUGUAACACAAAGCUCUAAUACAGAUUAUGAUAACGUUGUUCCCAGAGUAAUUCCCGUACGUGUUAGAAGAUGGAAAACACUAAAUGCCAUCGGAGCAGAAUUUUUCAGUUCUCUAUGUAAAGUGCACUCCGUGGUACACUGCCAAGAUCAGUAUAAAUGCGCAUCAAGUAAAACAUGUUUACCAAUGGUUCAUGUUUGUGACGGAUACCGACACUGCGUGCAUGGUGAUGACGAAUUAUUAUGCGGUUUUGAAUGCCCUAAUAAAUGCGUUUGCAGUGGGUUGGCUGUGCAUUGCAAAGCAAGAGACUUAAAGUUGUCAUAUAUUGAUGACUUUCCAAAAGCUACCAGGGAAUUGGAUCUAAGUUUGAAUAAAAAGCUGCACAGUGUUUUACAACAACCCGUGUUAGACCUAAUUCUAUUGUCAAUUUUAAAUUUGUCUGGGUGUGAUAUAAAAAACUUAUCUCGUCAUGCUUUUCACAGGUUAAGGAAUCUUCAGUUGCUGGAUAUAAGUUACAACCUAAUUACAGUACUACCAGAACGCGUUUUCAGUAGCUUGACACAACUUAAAACAUUGCAUAUUCACAGUAAUAUUUACUUGUCAGGAAUAGAUCCUUAUGCCUUUCACAAUCUAUUUCUUAUUCGUGAUUUAAAUCUGGCAAAUAUGCGUCUCACCAAAGUCUCAGCGAAAACAUUUGCUGGUUUAAAGUUGAAAAGUAUCGAUCUGUCUAACAAUAGAAUAGAACAAAUGGAACCAUUUUCUUUUAGUAAUUUAUCUGUUAACAAAAUAAACUUUGAACGAAAUAAUAUAAAAUCAUUUAACAAAGACACUUUUACCGGAGUAACAGAUCUUCAAAUACUAAUAACACCGUCUUUCAAGUUCUGCUGCAUUCGACCAAACUAUGUUGCUGAACAUAACUGUGUCCCGACACAAGAUGAAUUUUCUUCCUGCGAAGACCUCAUGCGACAUUCUGUACUACAGUUUCUAUUGUGGUUAAUUGGCUUAAUGGCGCUGCUUGGAAAUGGCCUUUCUUUAAUCUACAGACUGAAAGUAGACAGAAAAAGACUAAAGCUCAGUUAUGGUAUAUUUGUAACGAAUUUGGCUGCAGCUGAUUUACUUAUGGGAGUAUAUCUGGUAAUGAUUGCGGUCGCCGAUGCAGUUUUCAGGAAAAGGUAUAUUUAUGUAGAUGAAAAAUGGCGAGGAAGUUUUAUGUGUAACCUUGCUGGUGUUUUGUCUACAAUAUCAUCGGAAUGUAGCGUAUUCUUUCUGUGCCUCAUAACAUUAGACAGGUUACUUGUUAUCAAGUAUCCGUUCGGCACCAAAUUUUUCACCACAAAGAAGUCAGUUAUCUGCGUAACAGCUGCAUGGCUUAUCUCAAGUUUCAUCGCAAUUUUACCAGUGGUGUAUGAAGGAUAUUUCCAAAACAAGUUUUACUCUAGAUCUGGCGUAUGCAUUGCUUUGCCGUUGACAAGAGAUCGUCCGCCUGGAUGGGUCUACUCUAUUUUGGUUUUUGUAGUCUUUAACUUCAUCACCUUUCUCCUAGUGGCAAUUGGCCAGUGGACAAUUUUCUAUGAAAUGCAAAAGUCGAGUGGAAUGGCGACGACAGCACAGUCAUCAAGAAAGAGAGAUUUGAAAGUUGCCAGAAAUCUUCUCCUUGUGGUAGCGACAGAUUUCAUGUGCUGGUUUCCAAUUGGAGUGAUGGGUGUGAUAGCGCUUUCGGGUCAUGCGAUAUCUGGUGAUGUGUACGCAUGGGCGGCUGUGUUUAUCCUGCCAGUCAACUCGGCCCUGAACCCGAUACUUUACACACUGACAGCGAUUAUUGCAGGAAAGGAUUUCCAACCAAGUACAGAAGAACAUCUAAGAGUGCAAAAGAUUAAAGGUACAUCGUAA